AUGGCAUCUAUCGAGAGCCACUCCAAAUCCUUCGCAUCUUGGAGGGAGGCCAACGGCAAGACCCGUCUUGACCUAGAGCUCUCUGCCCUCGGAAUGCUUCGUGAAGCAUACCCGAACCACCACGUCACUCGCACACUUGCUUCAAAAUGCGAUCUCCUUGGAUAUGCCAAAGCUGGUUUCGCGGUUGCAACGCCGGACAACCUCUCCGAGUACGACGCUACGCGCAUCUACAAGGCUCCCGGCCCCCGGCUUGAGAAGAAGGCAGGCGAGAUUGUCAACAACAGCAAAUUUUUCCGAUACAAGUAUGAGUGGCAGGAGCACCAGCUCGUCGUGUAUGAUGUCUCGUACGUGGACCGCUAUCUUCGCAACAUCAAGCUACUGUUUGUGAUCGUACCUCUAUCAUCAGAGGAGAUGACUCAGAUGCACCACCCCACCACUGAUGCUCUCUUGCUGGCAGCAGGCGAGUGGACUCGCGAGCUCCACGAAGAAGUCUACGUCUUUGACAAUGCCGAGUGGAAGAAGGACAAGGAUCUCUUCAAGAGCGUGAAAGGUUCGUCGUGGGACGAUGUCAUUCUUGACCCGGCCAUGAAGGCCGCGCUGGUCCGAGACGUAGAAGGCUUUUUCGACAACGAAGCCAUCUACAAGUCUCUUCGAGCCCCGUGGAAGCGUGGCGUCAUCCUGCAUGGUGUCCCUGGCAAUGGUAAAACUAUUUCCAUCAAAGCAUUGAUCGAGUCACUCGCACGACGCGAGACUCCUGUCCCGUCGCUAUAUGUUAAGGCAUUCGAUGCUUGUCAAGGUCCCAAGUGGUCGAUCCAACAGAUCUUCAAGCACGCCCGCCUCAUGGCACCGUGCCUUCUUAUUUUCGAGGAUCUCGAUAGCAUGGUCGAAGAAAAGGUCCGCAGCUACUUCCUCAACGAGGUCGACGGGCUCGAGUCCAAUGAUGGCAUCCUCAUGAUUGGGUCCACGAAUCAUCUCAACCGCCUUGAUCCAGCAAUCGCAAAGCGGCCCAGCCGAUUCGAUCGGAAGUACCAUUUCAAAGUCCCGGGCGAGAAAGAGCGAGCCGCGUAUGCACAAUACUGGCGCUCUAAGUUGGUAGACUCAGAAGCAAUUGAUUUCCCUGAAGAUUUGUGUCCAAUUAUCGCCAAGAUUACCGAAGACUUCAGCUUUGCUUAUCUCAAGGAACUCUUUGUGACUGCACUGCUGACACUCGUCCGCGGCGAGCUCAAUGGACCCGACGAAGACACUGAGGCUUGGCAGGAGUCCCCUUCUGCAAGUGAGACCGCUUCUACUAGUGAUGGCGUGGUAGUUGAGCGUGAGUCCGAAGACGAAGAGAAGGCAACGGAGAAGAAAGAGUCGGGGUCGGACGAGAAGGCUAAAGAUGAGAAGACGGCGCCGCCCAAGCCUAAGAAGACCAUGCCCGAGUUCGAGGUGCCGAAUCACCUUCAAGGCAACAAGCUGCUGAAAAUCAUCACGGCACAGGCCCAAGUCCUGAUUGACGAGAUGGACAAUAGUCAGAAGGAAGAAACUCCAAAGCUCGGGGGUGUCUGUGCCCCGACACCAUUUCGUUUCCCUAUUCCUGACGACGAGUAA